AUGAGGAGAGGAGGUGGGGGGGUGGCCGCAGCGUCCCCUCUUACAAACCCCCACAUCCCCACCCCCAAUCAACCACCCUCCUUCAACCUCACCCCCCAUUUCAGCCACCCCCUGGGACCGCACCCCCUCCCUCCCUUCCUUCCUCCACACCCCUGCCCCACCCACAGUUGUCUCUGCCCUGUCCUUCACACUGCAGCCAGCCCUCCCACCCCCUCGCUCCCGCCACCUACCCCCCACAGUAGCAGCCGCGGGAGGGGAGAGGCAGGGCAGAGGGUGGUGCUCUGCUGGCGGGGUUCUCUGCUGGCGGGGUUCUCUGCUGGCGGGGUUCUCUGCUGGCGGGGUUCUCUGCUGGUGGGGUUCUCUGCUGGUGGGGUUCUCUGCUGGCGGGGUUCUCUGCUGGCGGGGUUCUCUGCUGGCGGGGUUCUCUGCUGGCGGGGUUCUCUGCUGGUGGGGUUCUCUGCUGGUGGGGUUCUCUGCUGGCGGGGUUCUCUGCUGGCGGGGUUCUCUGCUGGCGGGGUUCUCUGCUGGCGGGGUUCUCUGCUGGCGGGGUUCUCUGCUGGUGGGGUUCUCUGCUGGUGGGGUUCUCUGCUGGCGGGGUUCUCUGCUGGCGGGGUUCUCUGCUGGCGGGGUUCUCUGCUGGUGGGGUUCUCUGCUGGCGGGGUUCUCUGCUGGCGGGGUUCUCUGCUGGCGAGGUUCUCUGCUGGUGGGGUUCUCUGCCGGCGGGGUUCUCUGCUGGUGGGGUUCUCUGCUGGCGGGCAUUCCGCCGCCACUCCCUUCCCCCUUUCCCUCUCUCCCCCACAGCAUUCCGCCGCCACUCCCUUCCCCUCCUCCCUCUCCCACCCACAGCGACCGCCGCUGCACACGCGAACAGUCGCGACGGGGGGGGAGGGACGGGCAGGGGGCCGGGGAAAUGCGACGGGCAGUGCGAGGCGACGGGAGGGAAGAAAACGGGACGGGGGGGGGGGGGGACAGGGAGGCGACGGGGACGAAACGGUGACAGCGCGCGUAGGUGCUGGCGCGUUGGCGGGCCGGUGGCGGAAUCGCUGGCGUGCUGGCGUGUCCGCUGGCGGGCUCGUCGGCGGGCUCGCUGGCGUUUCCGCUGGCGGGAUCGAGCGGUUCCGCUGGCGGGCUCGGUGGCGGGCUCGUCGGCGGGCUCGUCGAUUCGCUUCCCCCCCCAUCGUUGGCGUGCUCGCUGGCGGGUCCGUCAACGGAUUCGCUGGCGGGCUCGCUAGCGCGUUCGCUAUGGGCCGCGGACGCCAUGGGCAGAACGCGACGAUCUUGGGCGGACUGGACGGGAAACGCGCUACGAACUGGGGACGCGAGGAUUACGGGUUGGUGGGCCCAUAA